AUGGAUGAUGAAGAAAUCCCUGAUCUGGUCGACGUUUCUCACUCGGAUGGCACCACCACCACUUUACAAGACGGCCCGGACAAAAAAGUGCCCAUCACCAUCAUCACGGAGUUUGGAAACACCACAGAUAUUGAAAAGUCCCUGACUGUCACUCAGAACCAUCAGGCCACAACAGAAUGGAUACCGUUGGCCAACGGGUGUAUCUGUUGCAGCGUCAAGGAUUCUGGAGUGGCAGCUCUGGAAUCCCUCGUGGAGCGUCAGAAGGACUUUGACUACAUCCUGCUCGAAACCACGGGUGUUGCGGAUCCAGGGAAUAUCGCUCCUAUGUUUUGGCUCGAUGAAGGACUAGGCAGCAGUAUCUAUCUGGACGGCAUCGUCACAGUGGUUGACGCGAAAAACAUACUCAAAAGCCUUGAUGAGGCUGCGCCAGAAGAAUUACCGCAAUCCGAGACCGCAGGUCACGAUCACAGCCUCCCUCUGCUCACAACUGCUCAUCUUCAAAUUUCUCACGCAGAUGUGAUUAUCCUCAAUAAGACAGAUCUUGUCUCUCCGGCGCAACUUUCAGCUGUUCAGGCCAGAAUUGCCUCUAUUAACAGUCUAGCACAAAUAGUCCCAACAAUACACUCUCGUGUCACAGAUCUCAGUGGCACCAUCCUUGAUUUGAAAGCGUACUCAACCUUCCCCUCCGGCUCCGCCACAUCCGAUGCCAGCGACAAGACCAUCCCCGACUUCGCCUCCAAAGGUCAUUCGCACCUAGAUCCCACGCUCUCCACAGCCACAUUCACCUUGCCUCCUUUUGAUCCACAAAAGCUACAUCUUCUGUCAGGCUGGCUGGAAGCACUGCUCUGGGAUGCCGAGGAGUCGCAGCAGGGGAGAGAGCGACAGUACGAAAUUCAUAGAACGAAAGGGUUGGUCAAGUGUACUGAUGGCAGUGCUAGGGUUGUUCAGGGGGUUAGGGAGAUUUUUGAGAUCAUUGACCUGCCACACUCCGAGACUGGUGGUGGCUCGCUGGCCACAGAAGCCGGAGAAGAAGUGGCGGCGGAAGAAGGCAAGAUCGUGUUUAUUGGGAGGAAUCUGGAUCUGAUAACUGGCUUGAAGCUUGAUGAGCACGACGACUCCGCUUGA